UUAGCCGUUAGCAAUCCUUACAGAUUUUACAUAUUUUAUCCUCGGUAUCAUUGAUUUUUAAUGAAGCAGGAUGAAAACGCACCCAAUAUACUAUUCAGUGACGAUUUUGAGAUCUCCUACUCACGGUCUCGGUUUAGGUAUUUCGGGCAUACGAAAACCCGAGAAUUCAAAGACAAAGUUUAUAAUUUCAGACAUCAUAAAUGGAGGUCCAGCUUAUGGAAAGGUUAGUGUAAAAGAUGAAUUAAUUAGCGUCAAUGGAAUCAAACUGGAGUGUUUGAGAUAUUCUGAGGCUAUUCAGAUCCUCCGUGAAUGUGGCGAAGAAGUUGAGCUGAGGUUAUUAAGUCACAGAGGACAGGAAGACUAUGAAGAUAUGUUUCCUUCUCUAGAAACUGACUGUAUUACACAGAAAACAGGGUUUUCAUCAUUGAGAAGAUCUCAAAUAAACUGUGAGUGUUCGCCUAAACAUCGAAAUUGCUGCAUUCACUCAAUGAAGUAUUGCAGCGAUACCGCAUUAUGGAAUCCAAGUUUAAUGAGCAAUGAAUAUUUGUCGGAAACUUGUUCAAAACUGGUCGAAAUACAUCUUAAAAGAAGGAAUGAGGGUGAAAGCUUAGGUGUAGAACUUUUAAGCCGUUUGAUGGUCAGUUCUGUGGAUGAAAAUAGUUUGGGCGCACAAGCUGGUCUCAAACCAGGUGAUCGUAUUAUAAGACUAAAUGGAAUUAAUACCGCUCAUUUAAGUCUUAUUGACACCGCGAAUAUGUUACGACGUCAAGAAACCAUACUUUUAGUAGUCAGAGAUACUUCAUUGAAACAAAAUCAUGUUUGUAAUGAUUUCAGUACAACACCUUUGAUAAAUUCAUCAAGUGUUCCAGCUAAUCUUUCUGGUUUGGUAAAUCAACAAUUUGAAAAUGGCAACAAUCUGUAUCAUGCAUCACAACCUUCAGAAGAACAAAUAAAAACAAUGUAUUUUAAACAGGUCGAUCAAACUUAUGGAAGUUGUGGAGGUUACCAAAAUUUGUGUGAAGUUUACAAUAAUAAUUGUGAAAAUCAUUGUAUGAAAAAUCCCAAUAAAUUCAUACCAUCCGAAUUGAAUAUGCCCAAUGUUUGUGAAAAUUUGAAUCAACACAACUGUAUGCAACCUAAUGUAACCAACAUAAAAAAUACUGACUAUUUCGUAUCAAAUUCAAAUACGUCACAAUAUAAAAAGUUCAAUAUUCACACGACAAAACAAGAUGAUCAACAGUGUUUAAAUGAUUUACAAGAAAAUGAACAACAAAUGUUGAAUACAUUGAAAUCAUCUAAAAAGAGGAAAGUGAUACUUCAAUUGAAUCAGAAUAAAUGUGACAUUGGUCUAAUAUUAUAUGGAGGUAAUAAAAAUGGAGUAUAUGUUAAACAUGUAAUCCCUGAUUCAGUAGCUGAUCAAGCAGGAGUUAGUGUAGGUGAUAAACUAAUCAAAUUAAAUGAUACAGAUUUAAAAGGAUGGACUAAAGAAGAAGUAUUUCUUGCUCUUAUGGCUAAUGAAAAUAAAAUAAUACUUGAACUACUUCAUGAUCCAUUAUCAUUUCAUAAAAUGCUUGAAAGUGAAAUGCCUCAUGAAAGCUUUUUUGUUAGAGCUUACUUUAAUAUGAAUCAAUAUGUUUCUGGUUCAUCAGCACUGAUGUCAUCAGUUAAAUAUUCUGGUCUUUAUAUAAUGAAAGGUGAUAUAUUUCAUAUUCAUGAUACCUUGUUAGAUGAUGCACUUGGAACUUGGCUAGCAACAAAAGUUUAUCCGAAUACCAGUAAUAUUGGUCUUAUACCAAAUGAACAAAGAGCACAACGGUAUAUAUCAACUAAUCAGUUUCAAGAGAAGAAUCAACAAGAAUCAUUUCCCAUUCCAUCUUAUGAAAGAGUUAUACAAUUGGAUAAAUUCCCUUUUCCUAGACCAGUUGUAAUUUUUGGUCCAUUAUGUGAACUGGCACGACAACGUCUAACACAAAUGUCAUCGAUAAUAUCAACUAAAUUAGAUUAUUUCUUAGAAGAACCAAUGAAAUUUAUUAUUCCACCAAUUAAUUCAUCUUUCACAUCUCCUCAUCAUGUCACUCAUAAUAAUAAUGGUUAUUCAAUGCAUGAAGAAAAUGUGAACAAUAAUAAACCAUUAGGUUUGAUAAGAUUGAGUGCAAUUAGUGAAUGCAUGAAAAGAGGUUAUCAUUGUCUAUUGGAUAUUGGUCCAACAGCUAUUGAACGACUUAUCCUCCUUGGAAUCCCUCCUAUUGUGAUCUUGGUUAAUCCAUCAUCUAAAAAUCAAUUAAAAGAUUUGUUGAAACAUUAUUGGCAAUUUAAUAAAACUUCCAAUGCUUUAUUCAUACCAUCAAGAGGCACUAGUCGUACACGUCCUACAAUCAAAGAGAUGGUUACAUAUCUAUGGAAUUCUGUAAUACAUUUACGUCAAUAUAAAUCACAUGUUAUUACUGAUACUGUACCAUUAUUAAAUGUUACUUCAAAAGAGAAUUCUUUUUCUGAAAUUGAAUGGUUACGAAAUUUAUCUGAAGUGAUAAGGCAUCAACAAAAUUCACCGGUGUGGAUUGGUGAAGAAACAGAAAUUGGACAAUUGAAAAUGAAUCAGUUAAAUAGCGAAGAACAAGAGGAAAGCGAUGACAUUAUACAAAUUGAUCCAGAAACACCAAGACCAGAAGAUUAUAAGAAUAACAGCUACAAUGAAGCGGAAGAAGAAGAAGAAAUAAGACCAUUAUUUCAUAACGGCAUAAAAAAAACAAGACCGGAAAUGAAUGAUAUAGUUAGAAAUGAAGUUAAUUCAACAAUACCUGAAGAAAAUAAAUACAUACCUUCAUUUCAUCAAGUCCCAGUGUAUCAUUCAAAUGAAGUGAUGAAACCUACCGAUAAAAAUGCUUCAUUUAAAUUGAAAACAAAAAAUUACUGUGAUUGUACAUGUAGUGUUAAUAAUGCAAAUCCUAUAAAUCAAGAAGAAACUAAUAUCAAGGAAAUACACAAACAAACAGAUAUUUUAUCAACGAAUAUUUCUCCAUUUUCAUUAGAAACAUUAAGAUUACAAAUUGAAUCAAUGUCAAUAAAAUAUCCACAAGUUGAUAAAUCAUUCAAUGAGAAUAAACCUACUAUUAAUCAUAGUCAUCCAAUCAAUGAAUUAGAACUUGCUAAUGGUCAAACUCCAACAAUUAGCCCAACUCUAUCUUUACAUCAAUUAAUAUUUGAUGAUAUUACAUCAUUAGACUGUCAUGUAAAUGAUGAUGAACAAAAAUCUCGAUCCACGGACCGCAUGAGUAAUGUAGCAGCUGAUCCACAAUCUGGCAUUUCAUCACUACCUACAUCACCAAGAAUAAUAUUAGCUGAAAAAUAUGGAGAAUUUAAUUCACAUGGUGGAAUUUUAGAAAUACCUGAACACAAUGUCUGUUUGAGGAUUCCUGAAGGAGCAAUUGGUGAAGAGGAAGGUUUACAAAAAAUAUUCAUAAGAGUUUAUGAUAGUGGAAAUGAAUUACCCAUAGAUAAUUUACAAUCGGAAACACAUUUAUCAUCUGAUAAACCUAUAUUAGUCAGUCCAAUGGUUAUGUGUGGUCCUAGAGGUUUAACAUUUCAUAAACCAGUUGAAUUGACUGUUCCACGAUAUCCUUUAGAUUCAGAAUCUAGUGAUGAAUCAGAAACGAAAUUGGAUAAACAUUUAGAAAAAUGGAAUUUAUCCUUAUUACAUGCAUCGGCAGUGUCUACUUCAACAUCCACUGAUGGUGAUGAUGAUGAUGAUUCAUUACCAAGAACUUCACGUUCAAAUGAACCAACAAAAUGGUAUGAAAUACCUUUAAGUGCUAGAAAUCAAUCAUCUGGGAAGAAUAAAAUUCAUUCUCAAAAACAAAAACAUCACACUAAUCAAGGAAUUCAUUCUGUUAUUAAAGAUUCGCAUAUUUCAAUUUUAAUUGAUCAUUUCUAA